AAAAAGCGAAAGAAGGAGGAAGAGGGAGGGACAGCGAGGGAGGGGAAAAUAGUGUGGGAGUGGAGAAGUGGGGGAAGGGUGUGGGACAGAGAGAGAAAAAGAAAGAGGGGUGGGAAAGAAAAGUGGGAAAAGAGACUGAAGUUGAAAAGACCAAAUAUCUGUAUGGUAGUGGAGCUGAUGAAAUACCUAGAUUGGAUAUUAUUAUUGGAGUAG